AUGCAGAUGUCCACCAGCCACGCCACCUAUGGCGUCUGCGUGGUGGGUACCGAGGUCUUCCUUGAUACGCGCCGAUCUACCCCCAAAAGUGCCACGUCAUUUGAAGUCCAUGCCACCUCCGCGGUUACGGUCCACAUCAUCCACAGCCCCAUGACAAAACCUAUGAUUAACUCCAGAUGGCCCCUGGAUCCCGAUAUAGAGGUUGUAGUGACCAUUGAUGUCAUCAGCAGGACUGUCAAUGACAACAAGGUUAAGAUUUCAUACUAUGGAUGGGAAGACAAUGAGCUUUCGGUGGCUUGGUUGUACCUCACCUGCGUAGAUGUAUGCCUGGAUGUGGACUUGAGCCGUAGUGGCAGAGUGAAGAGCAAAGGGAAGGACAAGGCGAAGUGGACGUGGGGUCCGGAUGGACAAGGUGCUGUGCUGCUGGUCAACUGCGACCGGGACAGCCCCGGCACGGUGGGGAUGGACAGUGGUCAGGUGGCCAUACGGACCACUGCAGACCUUCAGGACAUGUCUGUCAUGCUGCUGAGGACUCAAGGUCCCAGCGCUAUCUUUGCUGACUACCAGGUGGUUCUGCACGUCCCCGAGUCGGAGGCAGAUAAAGUGAGAGUUUUCCAUGCUAUCCGGACUGGCUCACACCUCCAGUACAAACCCGUGUUGGGGGCAGACAGGCUCUCCUACGUGCUGGACCACGUUGGCAGUGGAGAGAACACCUUCUAUGUUGAAGGAUUGGCUUUCCCUGAUGUGGGCUUCUCUGGGUUGGUUUCCUUCAGCGCCAGCUUGCUGGAGGUCCCCCAUAAGAAUUCACCAGGCACCCCGAUUUUCACGGAUACGGUGGUUUUCCGUGUGGCACCCUGGAUAAUGACACCCAAUACCCAGCAGCCUACGGAGGUUUUUGUCUGCAGCAUCCAGCGGGGCUCAGACUCCAAUGAAGUGUUCCUGGAAGGACUCAGGGUCCUGCUGAAGAAAGCCAACUGCAAACUGACCAUCUGCUCGGAGGUGGAAACCCGGAGCGAUCGCUGGAUCCAGGUCAUCAAUCGAUGCUUGUAAUAUGUGGCUCUUCUGGUCCUUUAUAGGCUCCUGGGGCACAUAAGGUGCCAUCGGUGGGGGUGACAGUCCUGGUAGGGACUAGCUGAGUUGCUCAGGGAAGCAUCUA